AAGUGAGGUUAGUAAUUGGAAAACGUGUGUAAAUAAAAUGGCACAAACUGUUCCAAAUGUUAAACGUAGUGUACCAAAUAUAUUGAUAACAGGUACACCAGGUGUUGGAAAAUCAACAUUAUGUGCACAAUUGGCUGAUGUUACUGGUUUACAAUGGUUGGAAAUAUCCAAGAUAGCAAAAGAUUAUAAUUGUUUAGAAGAAUUUGAUGAAGUGUAUCAAUGUCCCUAUUUAGAUGAAGACAAGCUCCUAGAUGGAUUAGAAGAAGUCAUGUGUAAGGGAGGAAAUAUCGUAGAUUAUCACUGCAAUGAACUGUUUCCUGAACGUUGGUUUGAUGUUGUAUUCGUUUUAAGAGCAGAUAACACAGUGUUAUAUGACAGGUUAACAGCAAGAGGAUACACAGGAAAAAAAUUAGAAGACAAUGUACAGUGUGAAAUAUUUCAAACUAUAUUAGAAGAAGCAAGGGCGUCCUAUAAGCCUGAAAUAGUACAUGAAUUGUACAGUAGGACACCUAAAGAGUUACAAGAUAACAUAAAUAGGAUAUGUCUGUGGAUACAAAAUUGGUUGCAGGAUAAUUCUACUUGAUGUUUCAUUUAGUGAAGAAAAUUUAAGUUAUUAAACUGAUGUUUUUAUAUAAAUAGAAGAUUAUGAGGAUUAUGAAAAAAUGUAUGAAUACAAUAUUAUUAUAUAUUAUUUGUUUCCAAAAUAUGUAUUGGAAACCCCAAAGGUAUUGGAUUUGUAAAUAAAAAUUUUUCUUUUCCAAAUAAAAAA